UGAAUCAUGGCUUCCAAUAUGUGUCUCCUUUUGUUGUUAUCCUAUAUUACAACAAGUCUUCACUUUAUUACUUUUACAUUGGCUCACUAUGAUAAUUAUAUCAUUCACAUGGAUUUAUCAACUAUGCCAAAAACAUUCUCAAACCAACAUGAUUGGUAUCAUUCCACUCUUUCUCAAGUUACUACUAGCAACAAUAAUCUCAAUUCUUCUCCUUCUAAAAUGAUUUAUACAUACAGUAAUGUUAUGAAUGGUUUUAGUGCAAAUUUAUCACCUCAAGAUCAUGAAUCUCUCAAAAAAACUCCUGGAUACAUUUCUUCAAUACCUGAUUUAACCUUGAAACUUCACACCACAUACUCACCACAAUUCCUUGGCCUUAAUCCCUACAAAGGGGCAUGGCCAUCUUCUGAGUAUGGCAAAGAUGUCAUAAUUGGCUUAGUUGACACUGGUGUUUGGCCAGAACAUGAAAGUUUCAAAGAUGAUGGAAUGACUGAAAUACCCUCCAAAUGGAAAGGCCAAUUAUGUCAAUUUGAUGAUUCUGACCAUUCAUCUUUGUGCAACAAGAAACUCAUUGGAGCUAGAUACUUCAACAAAGGGUUCUUGGCGAUGUUUCCCAACGAGAGUUCAACAAUCAUGAACAACACGCGUGACGUACAAGGCCAUGGAACCCUCACUUCAUCAAUUGCAGCUGGAAGCAAAAUCGAUGGUGCAUCUUACUUUGGUUAUGCAAAUGGAACAGCAAGAGGAAUAGCUUCAAUGUCUAGAGUAGCCAUGUACAAGACUACAGCGAGAAACUAUGGAGGAGCAGUAGCAUCUGAUAUUAUGGCUGCAAUUGAUGCUGCAAUAUCAGACGGUGUCGAUGUUCUUUCGAUAUCAAUGGGCGCCGAUGAAAUACCUUUCUAUGAAGAUACUACUGCAAUAGCAACAUUUGCAGCCAUGGAAAAAGGUAUUUUUGUUUCUGUAUCUGCAGGUAAUCAGGGAUCUCCCUUUCAAACUCUUCAAAAUGCAGCACCUUGGUUCACAUCUGUUGGUGCUGGUACUUUGGAUCGUGAAUUUCAGGGAGUUCUUACACUUGAUAAUGGAGUCUCAUUCACCGGUUUGUCUUGGUAUCCUGGAAAUUUUUCUGCAACCAACUUUCCAAUUAUUUUCAUGGGCAUGUGCGAAAAUAUUACAGAAUUAAACAAACUGAAGAGCAAUAUUAUAGUUUGUGAAGAUAAUAAUGGAACUCUUCUUGGUACUCAAAUUUAUAAUAUGGUGAAAGCAAAAGUUGCUGCAGGUGUUUUCAUAUCAAUUACCCCAAACAUAUUAGAUUCAGACAAUAGAAUUCCAUCCAUCAUUAUUAAUCCAGUAUAUGGAGAAAUUAUACAAUCUUACAUAAAGAGUCAUAACUCGAAAAACUCUACUUCUAUAGCAAGCCUCACUUUCAAGACAACAGGUUUUGGUGUGAAACCAUCACCCAGGGUUGAUUUUUAUAGUUCAAGAGGGCCAUCAAGGAGUUGUCCAUAUGUGUUGAAACCUGACAUCACUGCUCCCGGUAGUAAUAUCUUAGCGUCAUGGCCCAUAAAUGUCCCUGUGGGUAUUUUUGAGGACCGUGAACUCUUCAACAACUUUAAUAUUGCAAGUGGAACAUCUCUGUCAUGUCCUCAUGUUGCUGGUGUAGGAGCACUUUUAAAAGGAGCACAUAAUGAUUGGAGUCCAGCGGCUAUUCGAUCUGCAAUUAUGACAACAUCAUACAUUUUGGAUAAUACUAAGAAACACAUCAAAGCCAUCGAAGCCAUUGGAUAUGGUAACGAAGUAGGAACUCCAUUAGCGUUGGGGGCCGGUCAUCUUGAUCCUAAUAAAGCACUUGAUCCUGGUCUUGUUUAUGAUGUCGGUGUUCAAGAUUAUGUUAAUCUUCUCUGUGCACUUAAUUACUCACAGAAAAACAUCGCUACUAUUACAAGAUCCACUUUUAAUGACUGCUCUAAACCUUCGUUAGAUCUCAACUACCCUUCUUUUAUUGCUUUCAGCGAUGAUAAAAAUUCUUCUUCAAGGAUAAUACAACAGUUUUCCAGAACAGUGACCAAUGUUGGUGAAGGACAAACAACUUACGUUGCUCACAUUACACCAAUUAAAGGGUUCAACAUAAGUGUUAUCCCAAAUAAGUUGGUAUUCAAUCACAAGAAUGAGAAAAUAAGCUUCAAGUUGAAAAUUGAAGGUCCAUUAAUGAAACAAAAGAAUGAUAUAGCUUUUGGGUACCUCACUUGGGAGGAUGGGAAGCAUGUGGUGAGAAGCCCUAUAGUGGCAACUUCACCCAAUUUCGAUUAGUUUCUAGAUCAUUAUAUCGAAUCAAAAAUGAUAAAAUACUACAA